UAAAAAGGCCUGGCAUAGAUCAUAGCUGAGGGGUUUUAUUUAGGUUAAAAUUCAAAGAAAAGUUAACAUGUAUAUGUCUUCCUUGUAGAGUUUAGUAGGGGAAGAGGGAAAUUUUCGAGAAUCGAAAGAUGGAUGAGACUUCAUCGCCACCGGCAACUGGAAAUAGCUCCACCAGCCUAACAGACGUCGACAUGGACGCGUUAGUUCACUGUGCAAGUUACCUGAAUCUUCAAGACGUAUCGAACAUGGCCAUGUCCAGUAAAUAUCUUCAAAAAGCCGCGUAUUCAGACCCAGUCUGGGAAUCCCUUUUCAGGUUGUAAUUACUUUUUUCCAACUCUUUCUUUACACCCCGGCUAAUUAUUGGAUAACGAUUGGAUAAAGAUACAAUCCUGCUUCCUAAUGAGAAUGACCCUAUGAGCACACUAUUGUUCAUCGAAUUGGAAAAAUGGAUUACCUCUUUGUACAGAUUUGAGGUUCUGAAUAAAUGUGCAUAAACCGACAGCAGUGGUCUCCACUAGUACCUUCUGGCUUAUCACACACAUCAACUGAGAGGGAAUUAUACCUUUCCAGGCGUACUGAUGUGCUGCAAUUCAAGUUCAUUGACCCUGAAGUUGUAAACUUUCCUAUCAGGGCAAAGCCUCAUGAAAAUCUGUGUCUUGACAAAGACAAUAUCAUAUUUUCUGAGGGAUCUUCACUUUGUGUAAUGAACAUUGACGAUUUUCGGCAUGGAGAAGAUUCAUAUGACACACUCAGGGGUCACACUGCCAAAAUUACUUCUCUGAGAUCAAUUCCAUUUGAAGAGACAUGCUUGUAUAGUAGCAAGGGGCAGAAAAGUGAUAAUCUUUUUGUAACCUCAAGCUUGGACCAUUCAAUUCGGCUAUGGUGGAAGGGGAGUUGUCAAAGAAGCUUCAGAAUCUGUAAUGUUUCAGUUUCCGCAAUUUCAGACAAAUUGUUGGGUGAUCAUCCGAGUAAAAUACUUGCAAGCGGUGGUUCAGAUGGAAUUGUUCGAUUAUGGUCCCUUGAUUGUAGUGGAAAGCGCAGCCAAGAUGAUUUAAAGGCUGUUCUAUACGGGCAUGAUAAACCUGCAGUGCUGAUGUCAGUUGCUGGGCACAAGACAUCUCUUCUAGUGAGCAUAUCAAGGAACUCCAAGGUGAUAGUUUGGGACACUGCUACUUCAUCUGCCAAUCGUUCUUCAUGCUGUGUGGGAAAGAGCACUGUGCCUGGUGCACCUAAAGCAAUGAAGUGUCAUGAAUCACUGAUCUAUAUUGCAGCUGGUACCUCUGUUGUUGCAAUUGAUAUAAGAACAAUGCGUCAAGUUUUCAAAGUGAACCAUCAAGAAGAAGUACAUUCAUUUCAAAUGUUGCCAGAGAAAUCAUUGAUGUGCACAGGGUUAGCUCAAAGAGCAAUGCUUUGGGAUGUGAGAAGAGGGUGUGACAUACACAAGGGAGAAGCAGUAGCUGAAUUAGAUGGACAUAGAGGCAAUGUAAGCCUCUUGCACAUGGAUCCCUACAAGAUUGUUAGUGGUGGGCUGAAGGAUUUCCAGGUACAUGUUUGGGAGACGGGGAACGGUAGACAAUUAACUUCAUUGAAUUGCUGCUCUCUAUCUGAUUCUCGUCAAGGCUAUCGGUGUUCUGCAAUGGCUGUCAAUGGAAGUCGUAUACUAACAGCUUGUAAUGACGGACACUUCAGUGACUUGUGUUUCCGGGACUUUAACAACGCCACGAUUCCUUCUCUCUCUUCCGAUUCAAGCAUUCUCCAAUCAAAGUUCUGGGCUCCUAAAUCACAAAGUGAUACUGAAGAAUAAUCAGAUCAUGAUUCAACCUAGCUGCUCCCUGACUCUAAAAUCGGUUACUUUUUUGUUUCUUCCUUAAUUUUUGAAUUUCAUUGAGUUAGACUUACGUCUCAUGUCUUCGUGAUAACAAGUAAAUUAUGUUUGCGCCCCUUUAAAUGUUUGAUUUUACGAACGUCAAAUUAUUUCGGAUCAGAUUUUUCUUUUCAAUGUUUUUGAGCUAA